AGUUUUCAAGAUGGCGGAUGAAAAUGAUCUUGUAAACGUAAAGAUAAAUGAUGAUAUUGAUCCUGAGAACUUUGGAGAUUAUAAAGAAAAGGGUGAUGAAGAGAAAAACAUGGACAAUUUGGGAAGCAUGGGAUCAAUAGAUGACGAUGAAGGAGGCCAUGAUGAUGAUGAUGGUGAUGAUGACAGUGACACCGCUGAGCUUCUUUCGGGGAAAAAGAAGACGCCGCCUUUUUGGACCUUUGAAUACUAUCAAACAUUCUUUGAUGUUGAUACCGCACAGGUCUUGAGAAGGAUACUCGGUUCUAUGGUACCUGUCCGAAGGAGAAAUUUUCUCACAACACAAAUACGAUCAAAUCCUGAUCUAUAUGGUCCGUUUUGGGUCUGCGCCACCCUCGUGGUUACCAUAGCAAUAUCGGGAAACCUCGCGAACUAUUUGAUUCACUCUGGUGAAAUCCAAUGGGCGUACGACUUUCACAAAAUCACCCUCGCUGCUGUCGCUAUAUUUGGCUACGCCUGGUUGGUUCCUGUGGCUGUAUGGGGUGUGCUGGCAUGGCGUGGAAACACUUCGGGGUAUUCAUUUUUGGAAAUAAUUUGCGUGUACGGCUACUCGUUGUCUAUCUUCAUUCCAAUAUCGAUAUUGUGGGUGAUACCGAUCGAAUUGGUUAGAUGGGUCUUGGUUAUACUCGGACUUUGUUUAUCCGGAGCAGUUUUGGUUUUAACAUUUUGGCCUGCAGUAAGGGAUGACGACAAGAAGGUAGCUUGGACUAUACUGUUCGUGAUUUUUCUUCUUCAUGGCAGUCUGGCAAUUGGUUUCAAGUUGUAUUUUUUCCACGCUCCUCCAUCAACGACGGAGGUAAAAGCCAAAAACUUGCCGACACCACGACCAAGUGAAUCCCACGUAACACAUCCCAAAACCAAACCAACAACGAGGCAAAAAACAUGGAGGAAAAAAACAAUUGCGACGACAACGGAGAAAAACCGUAUAGCUACAUAAAGUUGUGUGAUAACAAUUUUGUUAUCCGUGCAUAUGCGGUUGUGAAGUUAGACAUACUUAAAUGUAUCGUGCGCAAUGUAGAUAAGAUAUUAAUUCCAAGUUUGGGGAGCAAAAACAAACAAACCAUUCUUCCACGGAAGACGAAAAGUUGUCGAUUUAUUAAAAAUAGAAUUUGGAAUGAAUUUGGUAUUCCUGUCCGAAAAAAUUUUCUUCGAUGCAAAUAAUCACUCUAACGCGGGGGGUAUAGAAAAACAAAACACAUUCGCACGUAUUAGCCAAAGUUCAAAUUGUAUUUGCAUUAUUCAAAAUUAUAUGGCAGCAAGU